GUUUGCAAUAUGCAUCCUCUCUUUCUCACUAAUACUUUUAUGGUUGUGUUUAAAGGGCCACACCGUCCAUCCAGAAUCCUGUAUGGGCUACAGCUUCUGUGAACGAAAGACAACACCGCGACAUGCCGACCCAUAAGAUCGGGAGCUGGAGAUUCCUUUCAGAAAGAGAGUGCACAGAAAAAAGAAAGACAGGUAUAAGAUGAGACCAGUCUGUCCAGCAUCAACUACAGCGUACGGGACUCUGAACGUGAUGGUGUCGGGUCACGACAUGACGGUGGUGGAACGCUACACUGAGUACAUCCACAACCUGUGCAACCGGCUCAGCAUCAGGGUGUCACUGUGCUAUGCUUUGCCAACCAAGACCACAGAGAUCAUGCUAAUGCAAGAGCAGGGCACCAAGAUGUACGUCGACUCUAUCCUAAAGACUCACGAGCGAGUCGUCCAGUUGAGGAAACUGGACACCACACUUUGUCCCGUCUUCAUGGAGGUUAUAAAGAAUCAACCAGAGGGAGUUCAACUUUCUGUAAAGGAGCACACAGAGGCUCAUUACAAAGCACGGUUCAAGGCACGUCCAGAGCUGGAGGAGCUGAUGGCGAAAAUAAACCAAUAAGACCUGUGACAUUCUCGAGUUUGACCUUCCUGAUUUCCACAACUGCACACGACAUGGAUGUUACAUGUCGUUAACGAGUAAUAUCUGUUUUUGUUUAUUUAUUCCCUGGCGUUCCUCAGUUGAAUGCUGUUAGGAUGAUCAUUUGCAUUGAAAUACCUGUGCACAUUUACAUUUGACUUUUUGUGUGACCUUUGGAAAAUAAAACCCAUCCUGUUCUUUUCCAAGUUAA